GAGACAUGGGGAAAAUGGAAGUCAUGUCGCCAGAUCACCUCGAGCUCUUGCGGAGCUCCGCCUUUGAAUCAGAACACGCCCAGCUUUACGACUCGUCGUACAUGCAGCAUGAGGCUGCCGCGCUGGCCCUGGAGAGCGACAUUGAGAACUCGCUUGCCAGCAUCUCACCAGAUGGGAACUCGGACGAACACAGGCGGAUUGCCCGCACGCAAAUCUUCAUCCACAGGGAGCGACAGAAGGCACUGCGGCCGCAUCUGGAGAGCGGGAGUGGUGUUGAGGAUGGAGAGGGUCGCGAGUGUGUGUUUGUUCCCGCGCCAAUGCAUUGGGGAGCUAAUGGAGACUUGGAUGAGGAGAGUGGUAGCUUGUCUUCUGUCCACAACCUCCUCACGUGGCAAGCCUCCUACUCUCCGCUCUCCUAUACCCCCAUGUACGACGAACUCCCCUCCCCGGAUAUCCCCUACUACUCCAUGCUGGACCCAACGCAGCCACCAAUCACCUACCACCUCCACCGAACGCGCGAAUGGACAACCUCCGGUUGCCGGAAAUACAUCUACAGCGCGCGCGAAUACUCAGACAAGUACUCCCUCUACAUGCUAGAAACCUCACACCGCGGCGACAACCAAGUCAAUGCGGCGGAAUUCUACCGCGUUGCCGAGUUCCCCACACCCUGCAUCUCAAUCAUACUAUCUGGCAUCGACAAACGUGACAGCAACGCCGCCUACAAAUCCCGCUGCAUCCAUCUCCGCGGCCCGUUCGCCACACCCAUAAAAGAAUACCCGGACCGACAGCAAAAAAUCCCAUGGUCCCCCCGACGAUUCACUUACGGCGGGAGGCGCUUCGUCUGGAAACCGGGCGACCCGCACGACGAUGUGAUGCCAGAGACGCUAUACGAGUUCCAGAACGAUUGGGCGAAGCCGGGAAGUCGGACGGGGAAGCGGCUGGACGAUGCGAAAGAGCGACCUUUAGUGUGGGGGGAAAAGAAGAGGAAGGGGAAGGUGGAGAGUUAUACGAUUCAUUUUGCAGGCGGGGUAGAUCAGGUGUUUAGGGAGAUGUUAUUGGCGAGUCAGAUGGUGAGGCAAGUGUGUCUUUUUACGGCCAUGGAGUGAAAACACUUUCCCUUCUUCCCCGUGAAGUUUUGAGGGGGUUCAAGGGGAUUAUCGCUGAGCAAGCGAUGGAUUAUGAACGGCUAUGCAAACUUGGGCAUCGGAUCAGUCACAGGACUUUGGGCAUGGAUACCAGGCGUUAUGGUGCAGUACCGGGCAAAUUGUACGGAGUAAGCAAGGCAUCUCGGAAUCUGGGGGCUAUUUUCGAG